GUAAUAGCCGGAGUAUUAGUCCGGUGUUGGUACUCCGUCCAGCAGCUGGCGCUGUCAAUACCCACUUUUCAACACCACCAAAGCAGUUGAGAGCAGUCUUGGCCCAAAUUCCUUAGUUCAAGCUAUUUUUCUAACAUCAACGGUUGUCCUCGUCUUUUGCUGAAGCUUAUUAAAGCUCAGUUUUGGCAUUUUACUAUUCCAGAACUUAAUUUUCGAGAUAACGGCAUAUAAACAGUUGUCCCGCGAUGCGACAGAGGAAGAGAGUGUACUGACUGCAUAAACCCUAAUAGAGAGAGACUGGCUGAAGGAUGAAUCCUGUCGACUGGGAUGCUAUUCUUCGGACAGUCCAGAAAAAUCUGGACCCAAUUCGCCAGAAUUAUGUUGAUAACAGCAUGGAGAAUGCCCCAAUAACUAAUAACGAGAGGGACACUUACUGCGAAUAUUCGAGGCACACUUUUGAUGCUCCGCAAAGCAGCACGGGAUGGGAGGGAGUCAGUCCUCCUCUCUCGCUUAACUUAUACAUAAAGGACUCAGAAGUCGAGGACCCAGAUGGAGCGCCACUUGAACUGGAGGAAGAGGAUCCAGAGCUGGCGAGAAAGCGGAAAGAGCUUAGAGAAAUAGAGGAGCGGAUACUACUUAAGAAAGCUGCCAUUGCUCUGAAAUCUGUUGAACCUCUUGUGAAGAAGACCACACCUUCAGACUUUUCCUGUAAUGAACAAUCAUCUGCAUGCAAAGGUGCAACUCUUAAAGACAGGGUGAAUGUCAUUUUGCAGCAGCGACAUCCUGCCGGCUUCCUGUCAAAGGUGUGGUCUCCCAGAGAGAGAAUGAGCUCAUCCAGGCUGAGCAGAGAUGGUCUGCUGCAGGAUCACCAUCCCCUGAAGCUCAGAGUGAAAGCACUCAUGAAGCACAGAUGUAGUGAUCCCUGUGUUUUGCCAGCAAGCAGAGAGGCCACGGACGUCCCACCGCCUCCUCCCAGCCGAAGCGAUACUUCCCCAGCCGAGCAACAGAACGGCGUCAACGAGGGUUUCCAGCUCUUCCUUAGCGUGCUUAACAAAGGCGUGGAUUUCGACUUCCUCAACAGGAUCGUCACCAAUGACAGUGAGGACCUUCCUUUAGGCGAGGAGCUCCUGAACAUUCACCCCGCUGCUGCGGAGAACAAGUCCGACCCACCCUUCGAGAGCGAGCGGUUGAAUAGUGGAGUGUCGCUGCCAGGCCACAGUCGGACCGACAGCGGAGAGAGGAAGACUGACCCACCCAGUCAAGAGAGAUCCCUCAAUGAGACCCUACCUGAUGGUGGAGAGAAGGAGGACGACAGAGGAGAAGCAAAUAGUCGAUCCAGGUCUCCCUCGGCAGGGAAAAACAAGAAGAGCGAAGAAGAAAAACCAAAGGUGGAUGAGCAGAGUGCACAGCUCCAGAACAUUCUUAAAACCCUGGGGCUGAGCCUGGAAGUGGAAGAGAUGAGCAAACUAGCAGACCGGACUCAGGAGAGGCUGUAUGGUAAGAAGCAUGGAGACAGAAGGGCUGACCGCAGAGGGGAGCAGGAGAGUCAGCGGAGGGGCUCCCAAAGGCAUUACAGUCACUCCUCCUCUUCUUCCUCCUCUUCCAGGUCCACUAGGCCUAGAAGCUUUAGUCCCAGCCCCUCUCGCCGUCGGUGCUCCCACAGCAAAGACUCCCAGCGAAGGUCUGAACAUAGCCACUCGAGAGAAAAAAGCAGAGACGGACCAACACGCCAAGACCAUAACCGGGACAGAAGAGAAGCACAGAGGUGCAGGGACGGAGACCGAGACAGGAAAUGCCUCAAAGAAAUCUCUACUUAUCAACAUCCAUAUCCACCAAACCCAACGUAUCCCCAGCCCCACCCUAGUGCUUUUUCUGAAUUUUCAGCCUACGGUUUGUCCCAGGACUCGGAGCACACUGCUUACCACAGCGGCACUUACAGUGCUGCUACAGACUUUUACUGGACACAUACUCAGGAUGCCAUUCCUCGCUCACUUUAUCCCAGCAAGGGUCCUUAUCCACAAAACACCUACUGUCCCUUUCCUGGCUCCGUCGUGGCACCUAACGUGGUUUACCCUCGUCGCAGAUCUCUCGAAGACAUGAACUGGUUUGUGAAUCCUGACCUGUCUCAGAGCGAAGGCCAAAGUGGAUCUGUUUCUGGCCUUCGCUGUCUGCAGGUAGUCAAGACUAAGACCACCGAGAGCAAUUUAAAGCAACUCACAUCAGGCAAAAUGCGAAGGGGGACCGCAGAAUCUAAGUUGAAGAGCAGACGUAAACGCUGGGCAAGGAAAAAACAGCUUCGAAAAAUUGCAAAAAUUGCAGCAAAACAAGAGAAACAGAGUGCAAAUUCGGUGGAGGUGGAGAAGGCUCUACAGCUCAAUGAAGAUGACUCGGAAGCAGAGCUGUCAGAAGAAGAAAAACAGCCGCCAACAGAGACGGAAAUAAAGGCGAACCUGAGGAAAACGCUUGAAUUAUUUAACCAGAAGGUGAAGCAAAAAGUGCCACAGCCAGCCAUCUUCCUGACCCCUCAGAUUGAUUAAAAUCUGAGGAGUGUUGCGACUGAUACUUUGAACCUGCUGUGAGCCCCGACAGACCAUUUGGUCCUUAUCGUGUUCAACAUUCAUUCAUUCAACAAUUUAGUAUUUGAGUCACAUUUUCAGAUUUUUACUGAAUCAUCCUCGAACUGGAACUAGAAGUGAAUUAAAUCUUCCUUAAAAUAAUAUUUUUGUGUCAUUAAAGUUGCUAUAUGUAACUUUCAGUUUGUGUUGAUUCUAGCGGCCGCUUUGGACAACAGCGGUGGUGUUUUUACCUCUCCUGCUGUCGAAAAGGUCUUUUCUCUGUGAGGAUUUAUUGCCCACAGUAAAUUACUGAGUUAGAAUUACCAGUAGGUCAGAAAACCAUUCAUUUACAAGAGAGAAAAGAGAAUAUGUUACAGAUUCAUCAUUGCAUUUCAAGUGUUGCAUACUUAGCCUAGAUGUAUCGUGAGCUAAACCAGUUAACAUUAUCACUGUCACUGAAUCAGGAGCCAAAGCAUUAAAGUGAUGGUUCGGAGUAAUUUCACCCUAGGGUCCUUUGCACCAUGACCUCGAGCCAAACACCCCCUG